AUGACCCAACAAGCACAGCAUGCUUUGCACACGCACAUGACUGGGAAGCAUCCAUUUAACCGUGCAUUGGCCGAGGUGUUGGGCGACUUCCCACCUGAUUUGGAGUUAGAGGUCGAACUGACGCACCGGCUGUUGGUAUUGACCUUUGGUCAUUUCGGACCCCAUCCGAAGGAACUGAAGAAGGCUUUGGAAUUCUUGGAGCCUUUGUUGUCCAAAAGGUCUUUGGUGUCGCAAGAAGUGGCCCGCUCUCUUGCGGAGGGCCUCAUGCGGCGGCGGAAGGCGACAAAGUUUUCCAUGUGCCACGAUGCGGGCCGGUAUAUGACGAAGGAGAACUCGCUCAUGGCGCCCCCCGGAAAGGUUGCUGCAAUGCGGGCUGAAGCUGUGAAAGCCGGCGCGUUCAUCAUUCAUCGAGCUGUUGGGGAAGAUGGCAGAAUGGGAAGCGGAAACGAGGAUCUGCUGGAGGUGCGAUGGCCUGGAAUUCUCGGUUCUCGAUGUCUGCUUUUCCAAGAUCGUUUCCGAGACAUCAAGCGAGAAGAGAUGAAGGAUCUGGACAGCUGGGCAAGUUCACUCAGCCUCUUGAGCCUUUCGGGACAAGCGGCAUCCCCUUUUGAGCCAAUGCACUUGGCCGCUGAAGACCCAGGCAUCUUUUGGUCCUGUGUGAGGCAUGAGAUCAUGAUGGCUUGGCCGCAAGCUUUCCAAAGCGGUCGGGAAGAAGCCUGGAAGCUCCGAAGCGAGGUGGCUAACAUGGCGGGGUCGAUGAACUUGGAGUUCCCUGGCAAAGAGCGGGAGCAAGUGGCCAUGGCCGCACUGACUCAGGUCAUGAAGCAGCUCCAGCGUCUUCCCGGUGGUGACAAGAAGGGCCUAGAGGUGAACAUCCUGGCAAAUGAAAGUGAGAAGGGCUCGAUUGCCGCCAUGGAGGAGAUGGAAAGUUUCCUGAAGAUGCCAAAGACUCAGCAAGGCAAGAUUGCAGCGCAGGCGGAGGCAAUCCAUGCCAAGGAGUUGAAGCGAAAGGAGAAGCGGAGGGAGCAAGGAAAGCCAGAUACCAAUGUCCAGCUCACCGGGCAGGAGCGCUGCUGCUGGAGCUGCGGCAAUGUCCUGUCGGACCAAGGCUUCUGCGAAUGCAAGCUUUGCAAGGCCCACCUCUGCUCUGUGCCAGCAUGCUGGAGUGUUCAUUCCGGCUUUUGCUAUGGGAGGGAUGACGAGCCAGAAAGUGAGCGCGACACCCUCCGCUGCAGUGUCAUUGAGUGUGUGGUGCUACCGCAAGACCAGCGCGUCAAGCCCUAUGUGCGCCCACUUCCAAUGGCCAAGUUGGCUGCAGAUCAAGCCUUGCAGCAGAUUCUCAGGUGUGAAGCCCUGCUGCCUCUGGUGCCCCUUCGUGGAUUCCAGAACGGUUGGAGCGAUGAGCUGGACGAUGGCUCACGGAUUCCGCAGAAAGGUUUGUACCUGGUGCAGGCUGACUGGACCAAAGAAGCUGAAGGCUCGGAGGUGACUAUUUACGGUCUCACAAGCACAUCUGGCGCAGGGCUGAAUGGCCAGAAAGCCAAGUUGGGCGCAUACCAUGCAGAUCGAGAGCGCUGGGAAGUGAUGCUGCCCAGCGACGAGAAGCCAAAACUACUGAAGGGCGUGAACUUGCGGACGGCCCGUGGAUCUUUGGCACCUCAGAACCUACGAGCGUCCACCAUCCUCAGCAGCCUUUUCAACAACACGCUGUUCAGUAGCCAUCCCGUGAAGAUCCCAGGGCCGGUUGACAACCGGGUUGUGCUUGGGGACGAGGAGUUGGCUGCCCCUGCACGUGGAGAUGUGUGGGCUCUGAGGGUUGACGGUGCCUUCCAGACUGCGGCGGCUCUCAAGUCUUUCAGCUUCGCUGAGUUUGAAGGCCUGUGGGGGAUCUUCCAGUGCAUGCAAGUACCUGCUGAUUCGGGUACACCCUUCUUCAUGGGCACAGUGAUGCGCAAGGCACCCGAUGCCGAGCAGAUGCUGGGGCAAGUCAUGGCGUCGGCUCUGUGUGGCGAUGAGGGGGACGACUCUGAUGAGGAGGCAGGUCGGAUGUUUCUGGAGACCGGGGACUGGACGCUGGCAGAGGCGGAGGAGGAGCCGGAGCCACUCUUGGGCGCCAAGGUCUCUGUCCAUGGCCUGGAGAGCGCCAGGCAGUACAACGGCGCAGAGGGAAGGAUCAUUGCAGUGGAGGAGAGUGGCAGGUGUCAGAUUCGCUUAGAGGCACCCUUUGACAAGACCAUCCGAGCGUGGCCCAAAAAUUGUUUCAUACUUCGCCACGGCAAAGAAGAGGAUGAACCAGCUGUUGGGCCAGAGGAGUCGACGUCGAGCCCCCCUGCCUCGCAAGCACUGACCGUGCCUACAUCUCCGAGCGAGCGAGUACCCGGCUCACAGCUCUUCAUAGCACCCUGUGACCUCUCGUUCUGUCAAGAUUCGAUCAGCAACAAGUUCCGCAACAAAACGACCAUCCGCGAGACACUGGACCAGUUGCUGUCACGAGAGAUCCGGAAGAGGGAUGUCGAGAUGAUGCGGGUCACGAUCCAUGAGGGUCAUCUGUACUGUCUCAGCAAUCGCCGCUUGGCACUGUACAGGCUUCUGCAGAUGGCCAAGCGGUGCAAGCGUGUGAAGGUGGAGGUUGUGAAGCAGGACUCUGAUUUCCAUCGCAAGCUCACCACCUGCUGCAAGGGUGAGAGGAUAUUUAUUCGUGAGACAUCUGAAGUUGUGGGCCGAACUGUGGCAGACACAACUUUCCGGCAUGCAGCGAUUUUUCAGCCUUCUGGGGCCUAA